AUGUCACCCCUGUUCACCAUUUCGAUCAGACCAGAGAAAAAAGCGGAACCACUAGAAGCCCUGAUAGAUUCAGGCGCCACCUCAUCCUUCCUCCACCCCCGUACCGCGGAACUACUCCGCCUCCCACUCAUUGAUCUCCCUACACCCCGUACCGUCACUAUGCUCGAUGGGUCGAGCCCCCAGGCAGGCAAAAUCUGGAAGAAGGCAGUCCUAACCUUCUCCUUUGAUGGCAAAAAAAUGACAGAGACCUUCCUUAUAUGUAACACCGGGUCUCAUGCUGCUAUCUUAGGAUUGAAAUGGUUGGAUGCCCACAACCCAGAGAUUGAUUGGAACAUGCGCACCCUUACCUUCCCUCAUGCAACCCCCGAACAUGUGGCCAUCGCCGAGGAAGAGGAAGCUGAUAAAAACCCCCUUGAAGGAGUACCCUCCGAGUACCAUCAAUACGCCAAGGUAUUUGGGGAAGAAGAAUUCAACAAGCUCCCUCCACACCGGCAUUACAAUAUUGGAAUAGAACUCACGGAAGAAGGACCCCUUAACUCCCCCCUUUACAGUAUGGCAGACGCCGAGUCCGCUACACUCAAGGACUGGCUCAGGGAUGAGUUGAAAGCUGGGAAAAUCCGCCCUAGCAAGUCUUCCAUCAGUUCCCCCGUGAUGUUUGUCCCAAAGAAAGAUGGUUCCCGUCGCUUGGUUGUUGACUACCGUUGCCUUAACAAUCGCACCAAGAAAAAUGUUUAUCCACUUCCCCGCCCAGAUGAUCUUAUGGCCCAGCUCCGUGGCGCCAAGAUCUUUACCAAACUAGACUUAUGGUGGGGCUACAACAACGUGCGAGUUAAAGAAGGAGAUGAAUGGAAGACCGCAUUCCGAACCAAGUACGGCCUCUAUGAAUCCCUGGUGAUGACUUUUGGUUUGACAAACGCCCCCGCCGCCUUUCAGCACUUCAUGAACGAGUUGUUCAAAGACUUACUGGAUGAUGACGCAUCCCACACUCAGCACGUUCACGAAGUCCUACGCCGGUUAAUGGAAAACCAAUUGUUCUGUAAAGCGUCCAAAUGUACCUUCCACGUCACUUCCGUGGAAUACCUGGGAAUCAUUGUUUUGGACAACGGGUUCAGCUUGGACAAGCUCAAGAUCCAGGCUGUACAGGAAUGGCCCACACCCACUAAGGUUAAAGAAGUUCAAUCGUUCCUAGGCUUUGCCAACUUCCUCCGUUGA